UGUGAACCUGUUCAUCCCACCCCAUUGAUCUGCCGGCGAAAAAACCGUCCAAUCUAGAAUCUCGACACGACGACCGAGCAACAUGGUGGGAAGAAGACCCAGAACCGUCAACUCGGCCACCGAUUGGCACGGGACCAUGCCGUCUCGUCAGCCGUCUUCCAUCCGCCGACGGUAUCGAGAUGACGAUGAAGAAACCGGACUCCAUUCCAACGUCUCCCCCGGCGAUCAUCGCGACCCUCGCUCCACCGAGCCCACUUCCACGCAGAGUAUCGUCAACGUCGCCGGCCCCACACUGCGCCCUUCCCCACGCGAAAUCCAGAUCCACGACGACCGCGCCAAGGUCACCUCCUUCAGCGGCUUCAAAGAUGCCCGACACCUGGCCAUCGCCGAACAGCGUCGCAUUGACUUGAAACAGAGGGUGCUCGAUGGCAUGAAAGGCUUGUCCUCCUGGGAGGAACACUAUCGCAAGUCCGAUGCCGAACUCAAAGCCAUCAAAAACAAGAAGAUCAGGAGAUACUACGAGUCCCAAAACGAGACGCUCGAUAGCUGGGUCGAGGUGGACGCUUUGGUCAUGGCCGUUGCCGACGAUGUCAUCGACAGCAUGAAUCCCGACGCCGAUAGGGACGGCAUUGCCGAACGCCGUGUCCCCCUCGCCGACUCCAAAGGCGCCGUCGAAGCAUUUCUGCCUCCCGAGCACAUUGAGAAGCGCCGCCGUGAUGAACGAAACGCGAAAUGGGCUAUAAACACCAAUGUCAUCGCCAAUGUGUUUAUGCUCAUUGGCAAGCUGGUCAGUCUGCGUUUCAGUCCAUCGCUUUCCUUGGCUGCCAGCACCGCGGACUCGGCCUUGGACUUGUUCUGUACCUUGAUCAUUUACGGCACAAACCGCUUUGUCUCCUGGCGUCUGCGCGCUUUACGGCUCAAGUACCCCGUCGGAAGACGACGCCUUGAACCCAUCGGGAUUCUUGUCUUCAGUGUCAUCAUGGUUGUUUCCUUUCUCCAGAUCCUUCAAGAGUCGGUCAAGAAGCUGUUACCUGGCGGUGACAGAGAUGUUGCGCCUCUGCCUCCUGUUGCUAUUGGUGCCAUGGCUGCCAAUGCCAUCAUCAAGGGCAUCAUCGGGCUCAUAUGCAGACCCAUCAAGACGACGCAGGUACAGGCUCUGGUGCAGGAUUGCAAGACCGAUGUGUACUUCAACACCGCCUCUCUCCUCUUUCCCCUGGUUGGUGUUGCUGCCCAGAUCUGGUGGUUGGAUCCACUCGGUGCAACUUUAUUAGCCCUCUAUGUCAUCUGUGACUGGGCUGAGACGUGCAUCGAAAACAUCAGCCGCUUGACCGGAAGCAGUGUGGAUGAUGCCUUGCAAAAGAAGCUGAUGUAUCUCGCCUUCCGCUUUUCCCCUGUCGUUGCAGGCUUCAAGUCGUUGACGGCAUACCAUGCUGGCGAUGGUGUUUGGGUCGAGCUGGACAUACUGUUGGAUGAGAGCACCUCGCUGCCGUUGGCACACGAUAUUGCCGAGACGCUGCAGUAUUGCUACGAGAGUCUUCAGGAAGUGGACAGAGCUUUUGUCACGGUGGACUAUUCCACCUUGGGCCCCACGGGACAUAACGAAUGCGAUUGAUUGGUACGCUGUGGUUAGGGAGAUGGUCUGGGUUAUAAUAUGUCAUUGAGAUCUCACUGCCAGCUGCCACAGACUACUUCCGCCGAGCCGAGGCUAUCAUCUCAAUCAAAGUGUUCGUGUUUGACGGCUGUGUCUGGGUUUUGCCUCCCUGAAUCCACCAAUACAGCUGUUCUCGUACUUGUAAUUUAGAUCUGCAGUGUGAUAACGGGCAGUUGAGCCCAACAGGGCAGAUUCUCAAGGUCAACAUCAUUGAGGGAGCGGGGUUCAGGCACAUGGAGGAAGAUGGUCACGGAAAGUUAACCUUCCGAUUAAUCUAACAUCCAUCCUCUCCGCAGGGUUAUUCGAAACCUUUUCUUACAUCCUACUUCUUGAUGGCAAAGCCAUCCUACCAGCAACCAAAUCACAUUGAGCAUCCAUGAUAAGAAAUGCCGAGCGGGACGGCGUUGGAACCGUGGUGCACCUAACACCGGUGCAGAGCUUGGCUGGUAGCACUAGACCGCCCAUCGGACCAACGAUGGUGGUAUCGACUGGCCUUGGCUGCAUGCAAUAUACAGAUCUCCUUCCGCAUUCAUCGACAUGGGCAUCACGCAAACUUAUACGCAUUGUCGGAAUGCUGUGGCACUUCAAAGCGUCUCAUUCACGAGAACUACUGCUGAUGAAGUACAUUUGAACUUACGACAUUGUGAGGCAGACAUUGCUCAAGGGGACAAGAAGGAGACGUGCUGUCCCCGUAGCCACGAUUCCUCCCCCCACUCGGUACACGAGACCCGAGACCGUAGAGCCUCCAUCUCUUGGCUAGAAAUCGCCAUCCGCGCUUGUCGGGUUAUGCAGUGAGACUACGAGGUCUUCCAAGGCAAUCCAUCGUAUCAGGCUUCACACCUGCCGAAUUGGGGCUAUAACGCCAACGACUGUUUGUAUGUCGCAAGUGUUACCUCAAGCUCGACCUUCCCAGACGAGGUUAUGUGGCCGGCAUAUCUCACAUAUUAGUCCAGAUUUCCCCGCUCUUGGUAAGCAUUCGGAAGAUCCAGACCGUUGGCAUCUUGCCAGUGCUACAGUAGGGAUAGAACGUCAGUGGACAAGGUUGCAGUGUCAGUGUUUACAGGGCUCAUGACGAUCGACGGGACCCGUCGUCAAGGAAUGCAAGCACACAGGUAUAAGACCAUAUCACCUCUCUUGCGUCAACCUGGAGAUAUCUCGACCUCCAUCUCAUCUUGUUGGACUCAAC